AUGCAGAAUCUCAAGCCCAGCCAGAUCGCCACAAUCAGAUGUGUAUUUGAACAAGAUACUCAAGUGAUUCUUAGGCACACUGAACUUGCGUGGUACUGGUCUCUUCAAGGACCAAGCCACAAAUACCUGCAGGGGCCGGGCCGGGUCCCCACCCCGCCGAUCGGCGCCGCCGCGGGUCGCCAGCGGGUCCCGGCAGGUCGCGCGGCGCGGCGCGGGGCUCCCCGCGGGCCUGGCCCGGACGCCCGCUCCCUCCCGGCGCGGUGGCCCGCGGGGGCGGGGACAGGGGCGGGCCCGGCGUCAAGUUUCGCUACGUCACCGGGAAGUCCCCAUCAGAUCCGAGCGCGGGCAGCGGCGGGCGCCCACACCUCCGAGUUUCCUGGUGGCGGACAGUGUGGAGUCUCCAUCUCCGGCCCGUCCGCCCCGCGCGCAGCCCGAGUCCUGCAGACCCAAGGUGCCAGGGUUGGAGGACUGAGUUCCCGGACUCUGCAGCACAGUUCCCGGCGGCUGCUUACAGAGAUGCCUGGAAGGAGGGCUCGUAAGAGCGCUCAGCAGAGCCCGACGCGGGCCCCGGCAGAUCCUGAAGUUGAGUGUGCCAUUCAGUUCAGGAGAAUUGGAGACAAACUGAAUUUCCGGCAGAAACUUCUGAAUUUGAUAUCCAAACUCUUCCGCUCGGGAACCUGACUUUAGAAGCUUUCGAAUGAAGAGACUCCUUUCAAAUGGAAGAUUCCCCAGUAAGUGCAAAUUUCAUCCAUUAGAGGCGAGACUGCCUUGUAAUGGAGACGAACAACGUGAAGGAGGUCUCACUUGCUUUCAGAUGCCCUCGGAAACGAAGAUGGAUACAUCAAAAAUGAUUUGUUGUUGGAGGUUUGCCAGAAGUCAUCGUUUGGGAUGUGAGAACAUUAAAAAAAACACUUUGUUUAUUUUAAAACAAGAAUGGAAGAGCUUUGAAAAUAGGAAAUUAAUUAUUUAUACAUUUUGGUUUUGCUUAGAGACUUGUUCUAGUAUUUUUGCUAAAGGUUGCUGCCCAGUGUAUGAGGAGUUGACAAAUGAUUAGACUAUGGGCAGGGGCCAAGAAACAGAACACGUUCAAUGUUAGUUUCUACUUUUGGAUGACAACUCCAGAACAAUAUAUUAUCUUUGGUUUAUAUAUAUUAUCUUGUUAAAAGUAAAAUUUUUUUCUGAGAACACUGAAUGUCAUAGUGAAUGUUGAUUUCAUAGGUCACUACAAAAUAUAAACUAAUUUGAUAGUUUCUUUUUACUCAAAAUGUAUGGCUUCUGUUCAGAUGAGCUUU